AUAAACAACACAAAAGUCCCACUGAGAAUAUUUGAUGAGGAAGAGAAGAGAGAGAUCGACGAGGUCGCGGCUCUUGCAGGGGAGUUGGAGAAAAAAUAUGCAGACAAACCAAAGAAUAAGGACCGCAUCCAGGACCUGAUCGAUAUCGGAUACGGUUAUGAUGACGAGGAUUCCUUCAUUGACAACACUGAGCCUUACGAUGAGUUUGUGCCGGCCUCCCUUACCACCAAGUUCGGUGGAUUCUACAUCAACUCUGGCGUGCUGCACUUCCGCCAUACAUCUGAGACUGAGGACCUCAAAGCAAGAGAGAAAACUCCCAAGUCCUCAAAAAAACGUAAAGUCAAUGACGGACAGGAUAAGCCAAAGAAGAAGAAGAAGCGUAGCAGAGAAGAGGCGGAGCAGACGAUCAGCUUUUUGGAUCCUAAGUCAAGCCCUUUCACUGAACUGGCAUCGGACGACAAGAUCAAGAAGAAAAAGAAGAAAAGGGUUUCCGGCACGUUGAGCGUCACCAGCAUGUUGAAGAAGUUCCAAAGAGAGAAGGAGAAAAUGGACAAAGUAAAACCAAGGAGGUCUGUGAUCACAAUGUUCCCGGCAGACGCAGGCGGGGGGGGAGGUUUGGGACUGACAGACCCUCUCCUCAGUUUAAUCGGAUCAACCAAUGAGCACACUCUCAUCCAGGCAGUCAACGCAAUGGAUUUUGACAUUGACCUAGACUCUUUAUUAGAUGUUAGUGAAGCCGCUUCGUCCACAAAGAUGGCACCUUCAACAGAAACGCAGCUUUUCAGUCCCAAAACAGAAAUGACCCAGUGUGAGGCUCGCCCUCAGGUUCUUCCUCCAAUCAAUGUGCAGCUGAAGCCUCAGUUAGAGCAGGUCCAGAUCCAGACACACACCAGUUCUACAUUACCUCAGUGUGUCCCGCUGCCGGAGGGACUUCCCCCCCGACUGGAGGACAGCAUUAGGAAACUCACGGUGGUUGCCAAGACCUCCGAGGGAGAGUCUAAACUAAAGUUCUUCACUCCAGAAAUCAACUCAAUGCUGCUAGAGUGAGUUAUCCAACAGCACAGACUAAGCAAAUACUAUACUACCUAGAGUGCAAGAAAACUCCCAUUUGAUCUUAGAACGGCAACUUCAAUUGGAAUUUUUAAAAGUAAAUUUAAAAACCUAUCUUUUUAAUUUGGGGCUAUUAUAA